CUACGGAAGUACAGUCCAGAUACCGUGAAGAGAGAUGAUACUCGGGAGUUCGUCUACUUCACCUGAUAAAAUCAUCAUCAAUAGAGAAAUCUAUAGAAAAAGGACAUUUCCUACUACUAUUCCAACUAAUAACUUACUAGAUUUCUCCGUUUUCUCCACCAAAUUUAUUAUUACAAAACCAGUAGUAGCGUCAUUCAAGUGUUCAUCCACUAAAAAGGAGUACAACAAUGUCGAAAACAUCAUUGAGGAGUUUUCUGUGUUGUCAUCGCUGGAUACUCCGUGGGAUGGUGACAGUAUUUGGAGUACAAUGGGUUUAUACUUCUUCAGCUUACACGUUCCUCUAAGUUUUGGGGGUUUAUCUGCAGUUGCUCAGAUACUGCAGCAGCCAGUUCUUGAUCCACAGAUAGAGGCAGUGUCAAUACUUUUGAUUGUAACUAUGGAGUUAUUUGGGACUUUAGCACUGUUGAGGUACACUAAAAAGACAGACUAUAAGCUGGCAAAUUUAUUUUUCCAAAGUAGUGAGUUUUCAAAGCAGAGGAACUGGGUGAAGGCAUCAUGUUUAGGCAUUGGAUUUCUCAUUUUCUUGGUUUUUCUUACAUCAUUUGUCGCUGACAUUCUAAUUGGUCCCAAGGAUGUGAACAACCCAAUGCAGAAGGAGAUUCUUUCAAGUGGCCCAAUUGCUAAAAUGGCAUUUUUCUUUCUCUAUUGCUUCAUUACACCUUUGCUGGAAGAGACUGUUUACAGAGUUUGGCUCACUUUUCUAGUGACAGUUCUCCUCAGCUCUUCGUCAUUGGUUGUGUCCUGGGUUGCUCUUAUUGCUGCUAUCAAGAAUGGGAACCACUUAUAUCAUCAAACCAGUUCCAGCUCCAGUUCCAAACAUAUUGAAAGAAGACAGAAAGAAAUGAACUAAACGGAAGAAAAACAGAAAAAAGAAACUGUAUGGGUUUGUCUGUACCAGAAAUUAACUUUUCUACUACUAACACGUAUGAAGAUUGAAAACAACCUAAGAAUGGCC